AUGAACUGUCGGCUCAAGCCUUGCUUCUUGGGUGUUGGAAGCCUGACCAACCUCCAAUUCUCAUUUGCGCAAGCAAAUAGAUGCCCCGUUCGUUGGUCCUCGUCGGGUUCCCGCUGGAAGCAACGUCAAGGCCGCGAUGCGUACGCCAGGAAUGCCAAAGUCCAAGGUCUCAAGAGUCGAGCAGCAUUCAAACUUUUAGAGAUGGAUGCCAAGUACAGGUUGUUCAAGAGCAAUGGGCAGACAGUUGUUGACCUGGGAUAUGCCCCCGGAAGUUGGUCACAGGUCGCUGUGGAUCGGACAAGACCUCAUGGUCGAGUCAUUGGCAUCGAUCUUAUCCCAGCCCAGCCGCCGCAAGGUGUUGCCACCUUCCAAGGCGACUUCCUCUCUCCAAAUGUCCAAGAAAUGGUCAAGAACUUCAUCCUCGACACUCAUAAACGCCCCCCGCCACUGCAGCACGAGGCUGAGCCGAGUGCCUCUGACGAGGUUGAGGCGUCGGAAAUUGACCGUCCCAGCUACAUCGACAUGGAACGGCACGCAAGCUCUGAAUCUGGAUCAUCAGAAGCCUCAGGGUCAGGCACAUCGAGUCAACGUCUUGUAGAUGUUGUUCUAAGUGACAUGUCAGCACCCUGGGACCAAACUUCCGGCUUCUACGUGAACAGCUUGAGUAAUCCCUAUCAUAGGUUGAUGAACACGAGCGGCAACGCCUUUCGAGAUCACGCCGGCAGCAUGGAUCUGUGUGCUGCCGCUUUACAAUUUGCCAGCGAUACCCUCAAGUCUGGCGGGCACUUUGUCUGCAAGUUCUACCAGGGACCUGAAGAUAAGGAAUUCGAGAAGAAACUGAAGACUCUGUUUGCUAAGGUCUUUCGAGAGAAGCCAGAGUCUUCGAGAAAGGAGAGUCGGGAAUCAUACUUUGUUGGACUACGGAGGAAACCAGGUGUUGUGAUAGAGCCGCCCUCCCACAUGGACGAGUAG